AUGGCAUACGCGGCGCAAAACGAAGUCGCAACUUCAACUUCGUUGCGUAGCAGCAGCCAGUGCAGAGAAAAUACGACCCUGGCAGAAGCAGCAGUAGUGGCAAUGCACCACCCUUUAGGCUCCUGGGAGCGUCACCUGAUGGAAGAGAGGCUCCGUGCGGUCAAGCGGCACGAGCGGGAGCGCCUCAUGCGGGAGGAAUUGGAGAAAGAGUGCACCUUCCAACCACACGUGGGCACGUCACGCAGCAGUGCCUGCCAGGCGCAAGCCUCCCUUGUUCCCCGAGAGCAACAGCAGCAGUUUGUACCGGUAUUUGAGCGUCUCGCACAGCACGCCAAGGAGCGCGAGGCCCGUCUAGCGGUUCUAGCGGAGAAGAAGAAGCAACGCGAAGAGGAGGCUUUACGACACGCCUUCCACCCACACGUAAAUGCCGCCGCAGAGAACCGUGAACCGCUUCCCGUGUAUGCUGCUAACAUUCCUGUAGAGGAGAGACUUCUGCACUACGGCAGAUCCGUCGAGCAGGGUCGCCGCCAGCUACAGGAGGAGCGGCAACGAAAAGAACUUGAAGAAAUACGUCAGCAGACGGUACUGCGGUCUGCACGCAGAAGUGGUGCGUCAAAGGAGAACCCCCCUGAGGAUGAUAUUGUGGAUCGGUCGAAGCGGUUCCUUAUAGAGCGCGAGUUAGGGCGCGCACAGGCUCAACAGGCACUAAUGGAGGAGCACCCCUUCCGCCCAAAGGUGUGUACUACGUCCAACGCCAUUGACCGCGGCCGCAAGGCGCAACACAACACGCGUGACCGCGGUGUAGCGCUCUACGAAGAGGGCAUGCGCCGACAACAGCAACGACAGACGGAGAUGGCACGACGGCACGGUGAGGAGAGGAAGGGCCUCCACAAGCCAGCCACCAACCCACUCACCGAUGACUGGAUCCAUCACGGACAGCAUAGUGCACUCUUUCGGCAGAAUUUCGUGCGGCGGCAGGAGGUCUACCAGCGCGUGCGGGAGGAGCACCAGCGCAAACUUGCCUCCGCACUUGAGCAGAGCGAGCAGGUGGCAGUGCCGCGGGUUGACCAAGCGAUGAUAGAGCGACAGGUGGAGCGACUCUAUCUUGGCGCGCAGGAGAUUCGCAAAGAAGCAAAAAAGCGAAUGGAAGAUCAUAUCAGGGCGCGCGAGUGUCCUUUUCGACCGGAGCUGGCGCCGGGAACUGAGUACGUGAUUGCGCACGCCAACCGUGAGCAGGAUGUGGUAAAGCGUCUCGCAUCUACCCCUCGUAGCCGCCGCGCUCUUCAUCACUCUCUCUACGAGGAGGAGUUCGAGGAAAACGGAGACAAGGAAGAAGAAAAUAGACUUCGGAAUGUGAAGGUGGUGCACCCCGAGGAGGCGAAAGAGUUCUACCAGCGACAGAAGCGUGCGUUGGAGGAGCGCGAGGUGCAGCUGCGGGAGAAGAAGCAGCGGCAGGCAAUGGAGGAGCUCUGCGCCUGCACCUUCCGCCCGCGCACGAGCACUGACGAGUACCUGCAGCGGCGCCAGAAGGAGGCGUCCUCCGCAGGGCAGCAGCAGCAGCAGCAGCAUGUGGAGGUGCGUGUGUCAGGAGUUUCGGCAUACCUGCAGCGGCAAGCCGAAGCGAAACGGCGGUUGAAAGAGCAAGAGGAAAGGUACCAAAAGUUGGGGCAGGGACUGCCGUGUAACGGUCCUAGUGGUACAGUCAUUACGCCAUUUAAUCUGUCCAGUGGGCGUGGGUCGCGUCCUUCCUCGUUGGGUCCCAGGUUCUCCGCGCCUAAUACGGGUGGCGUAGCGCAGCGUGACUGCGGCGGCCACGUGGAUCCUUACAGCAGCAACGGUAUUCUCUGCUCGCGCCGGGGUCAGAAGGAGGAGCCCCCUGCCAAGUGCCGUGUGCGGUGA